AAAAUUUACCAAAGCUGCUGCAAUACCAAACUAAGCCUGAAUAUAUUACCAGACCGUAUAAUAAUUCAGAUGAAAAUCAUUUUCUUCUGAAUCCCGGGAAUAGAGAAUUGAGUUUUGUGGUUGCUCAACAGAUGGAGAUUGAGAGAGAUUUUAGAGAUUGAUGAGUGUUAUGUUAUUCUCAGAUCAGUUGCAGAAAGGGGAUUUGAGAUAACUGAAUCUAUGAGUUAUGGUGGUUGUUAUUGAGCAAUUGAGAGCUCGAGCUGAACAAGGAAGCUGGUUGUUCGAGUGUACAGGUUUGGUUUGUGUUCGAAUUCGAAAUGGCUGAGAAUUUGACAGUGAGAGAAAUAAAGAAUGGUGUUCUAGGUCACAUUUUGGGUUGUAUUUCAGCUGGUAACUCGGUGGAGAAACAAGUGUUGCUGUUGACAAUGAAGAUUGGUUUGUGUUAAGAGAUGGGAUAGAGGAGAAAUAGAAGAUGAGUCUGUGGUGGAUUCGAGUUUGCUGGUUAUGGUGAAUGAUGAACAGAUUGGGUUUUGUCAAAGCAAUUAGGGUGUGCAAAAUCAUAUUAGGGUCACAAUACAUUGCCAAUGAAAUGCCUACUGAGGCAGCCCUCAAGGUUCUAGUUGAGAAAAUCGGGCUUGGUCGCUCGUCGUCUGGCAUGUUGCAGGUGUUGGGGAGUUGCUGAACGUUCGUAUUCCAACCCUUGAGUUUGAUCACUAGUAAAGGGUGCAGUAGGGAAUAUAUUGGAAAAACGUAACUACAAUCAGCUUCUCAAUGGUUCUGUUGUAAAAUUGGAUCACAGUUCACGGACACUUAUUUUAUAAUCUCUUCAUGAGAUGUCAUCAACUGCGCUACGUUGUUUGGGUUUUGCCUGCAAGGACGAGCUUGCGGAAUUUGCAGUGUAUAAAAGUGAUGAAGACCAUCCAGCUCAUGAUCUUUACUUCACCCAUCAAAUUAUUCAUCAAUGGAGAGUAAUCUCUUUUUUGUCAGCUUAGUUGGACUGAGGGUGACUUAGUGCACUGCAUCAUUCCAUGUUUAAAGAAGUUUUGAACUCUAGGACCCUCCCUCCAAGGAAGGAGGUACACCAAGCAAUUGAGGAAUGUAGAGCUGCAGGCAUCCGUGUCAUGGUUAUAACAGGAGAUAACAAAGCACUGCCGAAGCACCCUAAUCAGAAAAAGCAUAUAAGACAAACUGAUGGGCUUCUCUUUUUCUAGAGCUGAACCAAAGCAUAAACAAGAUAUGGUGAGGUUACUUAAAGAUUAUGGAGAGGUGGUUGCGAUGACUGGAGAUGGGGUGAACGAUGCACCUGGUUUGAAACUGGCUGAUAUUGGUAUCACUAUGGGCAUUGCUGGAACUGAGGUAUGUACUUACCAAGUUUUCCAAGAUCCUUAGCGGGUUGUGUGUUUAGAUUCUUUUUUGAGAACAGGUUCAAUCUUAUAUUUUAGAUAAAGAUAUCUAUCAUACAUUGAAGUAAGUUAGAACAGUUUCCAGUUUUGCUGGAGUAGACUGCGAACUGAUACGUGGUAACUGUUUUGAAAGCUGCAAUUACAACUGUUAUUUAGCUUUUAAAGCGAGAAAAACAAUACGUUUCUACUAUUUAUUCACACAGACUGCUAUUAAAGGGCAGACAAAAUACUGCACCAGUUAGCUAGCCUUUGCAACCAAUAGGCUUUAUUUUAUGACCUGCUUGCAAUUCUGGGCAUUUUUUGAAAUUCGUCAUAACAGCUUCUUUACUUGCUGUUCGAUUCAUUGCUGAUACUUGUUGAUCUCUGGCCAAUCUAUCCCAUGAACUCAUCUACUUAUAGCUGACCAAAACUAUGGAUUAGUUAGAUCACAGGGCAAUCGAAAAGUACCUUUGAAUGAGAUUCUGGCGAUUGGGGAUCUCAACAUUCCUAAUCUGAAGCAAGGAGUGGUAAUCCAACUGGAGAGGAAGGGAUAUUUCCAGUGUGAUGUUCCAUUUAUUAGACUCUCCAAGCCUGUAGUUCUCAUUGCAAUUCCAGAUGGUAGACAAUGCAACAGAAGGACGAUCACAUUCUUAAACAGUCGACAUACAGCAGGCAAUGCUCAGCAAUCUAAACAGAUUCGAAAUGCCUCAGCUUUAGAUCUCCAAAACACGGUAUCUGAACAUAGUUAAAGAUAUAAAUCUCAAAGUCCACAAGUCCAUUAAUGGACUCAUAAAUAAUAGUGUACUUAAUUGGAUACUAAUCUCAUAGUCAACUAGUCAGUACCCAGUAGUGUUCAAUUACCGAGGUUUAUUGCCCAUUAAUUAAAAAUCUCUGCAUCAAGUUAAAUUUGUCUAUAAGAAACCAUUUUGUUCUUCUUCUUCUUCUUCUUCUUCAUCACCAAUAGCUAUCACCAGUUCCUCUCAUUCAUGACUUCUUCUUCUGUUAUUCAGCAUUUUCUUUUCAUUUCCUUCUUCUUACUUUCUUUCUGUAACGCCAUCUUCGCAUAUUCGUCUUACAGACCUCAUGCACUGUUCUUUCCAAUCAGGAAAGAUGCAUUAACCAAUCAAUAUAUAACCCAACUCCAUUUAGGAACCCCUCAAGUUCCUGCAGACCUUGUCGUCGAUCUCGGUGGUGAGUUACCAUGGGUCAACUGCCAACAAGGUUUUGCCUCAUCCAAGACGUACAAGCAUGUAUCUUGCGACUCGGACCAGUGUGCACGAGUCAAAAUCUCAAGUUGUACGAAAUCCACGCAUAAUGGUGGACUAAGCUGUGGAGAAGACAACAUCUGCUAUACUUUGCCCGGCGCUCUUGGCAUUGCCGCAGGUGCCGAGGUUGCUUCAGAUGCUGUAAGUGUACACUCGACAGACGGGUAUACUAAUGUGGUCUCAAAUGUUAGCAGUCAUCGGUUUAUAUUCGCUUGUGGACCGUCUUCUCUGUUAAAAGGACUUGCCAAGGGUGCUAACGGAAUGGCCGGUCUUGGACGUGCUUCAGCUGCAUUACCUGCGCAGUUUGCUGUUGGUUUUCGCGUGCCUCGCAAAUUUUCUCUUUGUUUGUCAUCUGAUAAGGGUGUCCUGUUUUUCGGCGACGGACCUUACAAAAUGGAACCAGGAAUCGACAUCACAACUUCACUUGAUCACACUCCUCUGUUUGUUAACCCAGUCGAUAAAGCAGGAAUUUCUACAACGCCUCGGCCUUCAGGUGAGUAUUUCAUUGCAGUAAAAUCGAUCAACAUCGGCGGAAAAGGCGUCAGGUUCAACAAAAAGCUGCUGUCUAUUAAUAAAGUAAGCGGACAUGGAGGAACAAAGAUCAGCACAAUGAACCCUUAUACUGCUCUGGAGCCAUCAAUUUACAAGGCCUUCACUAGUGCUUUUGCUAAAAAAGCUAAAGCUAUGAAUAUGUCUAGAGUUGCAUCUGUUGCGCCUUUCGGCGCAUGUUACGACUCAACAAAUAUUCUGAAGACACGAGCAGGACCACUUGUGCCAACCAUCAACCUCGUCUUGCCGGAAAAGGUCAUUUGGAGGAUCCAUGGAGCAAACUCAAUGGUGCAAAUUAGUGACAGUGUUAUCUGUCUGGGGUUCGUCGACGGAAGCGAGUUUGCCAGGGCUUCUGUCGUUAUCGGCGGGCAUCAGUUGGAAGAGAAUCUUUUACAGUUUGAUAUCCCAAGAUCAAAACUAGGAUUCAGUUCGUCAUUAUUGCUUAGGGAAACUCUCUGUGAAACAUUAAAUUCACUGGCUAAGUAAUUAGCUAUGUCCUUAUGUUCCCUGGCCACGUCGUGUGUGUCGGUGGUCCUUGGCCUGUCAUACUGUAUGGCCCGGACCGUUAUAUGAUAAUGCAUACAUAGCACGGGUAGACCAGAUGGGAGCCUUUAUUGAUGCCUCGAGAUAUACAUGCGUGUCGUGUUUAACGUACUACAGUUUCAAAUCAAAGUGCUAUCGCAUUUACUACUGUGUUUAACUCUCCGCAUUACUGACCUGACACUCUGGCUAGUGGACUGUC